AUGAGUAUGAUCAGCGGGUAUGCUGUGCGGCGUGUGGAAGGUAACAGUGUUUUAUCACAAGGUCGACCACGAUCCAUGAUUGCUGCGUCAGUUAGUCGGCGAUCAUCCGCACAAGUCCCAGAGGCCUUAUCACUGCAGGAUCGAGACAAAACUUUACUGGAUGACGACGCCACGGGCGCGUUUGACCCAAGUUGCGCUGCUAUUAAGGCGUGGGAACAUGUUCUGCUGCUUUGUCUGCUUUACGAAGGAUUUAUUAUUCCCUAUUUUCUCGCAUUCCAGCCUGAAGCAGUUGGCGGAAUGAACCUUGAGUUUGUGAUAUCCGUCGCGUGUGAAUUGAUGUUCUUGAUCGAUUGCUACGUACAAGCGAAUACUGGAUACUACGCAGACGGAAAUCUCAUCCGAGACAAGAAAUUGACCCGGAGACGAUAUUUCCGCUCGUAUCAUUUUGUAAUCGACCUGAUAGCAAUCAUACCGUGGCAAGUCUGUGCGCAAAACAAGCCUUAUAUACUGGCAAGACUCUCGCUUCUUAAGUAUGCGCGAUGCUGGCGACUUAACCAGUUCGUGACAAGUUUGGACGAGCUUUACGCAAAAUAUUUCGUCAUGCUUAAGCUGUUUAAGGUCCUGUUGUCCAUGGUAUACAUGGCACACGUGUUGGCGUGUAUACGCUACAUUUUUGGCUACAAUGAACACCACACGAACCACUGGCUGCCAUCGGAAGAGGAAAGCCACCACCCUCUUCACACGCAGUAUUUGGGCUCACUAUUCUGGAGUGUCGGUAUCAUGACUGGGCUCUUUGAAGGAGAACUACCACGUCACACUAGCGAGUUCCUCUUUACAACUUUGGUGGCGCUGUGCGGGUUCUCCAUGUUCACGACUCUCGUGGCAACGAUUUUUGUGAUUUCCAAGUGCGAAAGUGGCCAUUCAGAAGCGGUGGAGGCUCGGAUCAAUCAACUCGUUCAUCUUCUCUCCUUCCACAGAGUUCCAGAAUGCCAACAAGCCCAAGCGAUCGAGUAUCUUCGGCGCUACUACACGGACGCAGAGUCGAAUGAUCGAGAAGCAGCGAAAAGAUUGUGUCGAUCGAUUGCUAACGACAUUCAGGUGGAGCUUUUGAAGUCAACUUUCUCCCAGAUUCCGAUUUUUGAAGGUUGCUCGGACCAAUUUAUCGUGGCAAUGGUGAGUUUGCUGGAGAUGAUAGCGGUACCUGCGCAAACUACUCUGUUCUCUGCAGAAGACGACGGAGAUGCCAUGUACAUCGUUCAUUCGGGAGUUCUGGCAGUCAUCAUCAAGUCCGUGACUGUGCGUGAGAUUCGUAAAGGCGCUUGUUUUGGAGAGCUCUCGGUCUUUUCCUCAAUUAAAAGAACUGCAGCUGUCAUGUCAACUACGUACUCAAUUCUGUACAAACUGACCAGAUUCCAUUGUGAUAGAGUUCUCGACGGGUACCCAGAAUGUGCUGCAUUGAUUGCGUCGCAUGUCGAAUCGACCUUGAACCACAUACAAGGCACUAGCAACUACGUUCUUAACACGGUCAUCUCGCCCAGGGUCCCUCACAAUACCAAGAUAAAUGGACGUAGUUCAUCGAUUUCGGCUGGAAUCGCAGCAGGGACGUCAGCUCUAACAAACACCCUAACGAGGGUACUGACCAUGAAUGGAGAACUGAGUGCAAGAAAUUCAACUAGGAAAAGUCUAACGGAUAACCUGACGCCCGUGAAGAAGCGAAGUCUUGUCGUUCCGACGCAGAUUGACCCACAAGAUGCACAAUAUGCGACUACCGGGAGCCACAACAACCCCCGACAACCACCUCCUGCUGAGACGCGGCAUGGAGUAUGGAGGUAUAUUUUACGAAACAAAUGCAUCGAUCACCAUUCCAAGGUUCGUUUAUGGUGGUUGUUAGUGCUUCAGGUGAGUCUUUGCCACUCGUGGACUAUGAUUCCUGUUCAAAUCGUCUUUCCGCUGUGGCAGCGACCAUCAUGGUUCACUCAAGUGGUUGAUACGUUUUUCAAUAUCGGCCUCUACAUCGACAUUAUUUUGAAUUUCAGUCUGUCAUUUACGAUCGACUCGGAGAAAAUCAUGAACCCGAUGCGGAGCGCUACGAGAUACUUUGAAAGUUUCUUAAUCUUCGAUCUAUUGUGUGCUUUUCCGUAUGAAUACUUCCACAUGGCACACUAUGGAAUCAUGCGACUUCCACAUCUUCUACGAAUAUUUCACGUCAAGCAACAUUUAAGCGAGAUGGAGCAUUUCUUCCCUACUAACAACACUCGACAGCUUAUCCUGCUCGGUAUUUUGUUGAUUAUGAUGUUUCACAUCGUAGCCUGUAUUCAUUUUGCCAUCUCGUAUAUCGAGGGAUUUAACCCAAACGGAACAGAAGCGUGGAUAUCUUCGACUAAACUCUGUCUUCGGAGACUAAAUUCGACGCACUUGGAAAAUUGUGACGGCAAAAUCUUCAACGAACGGGUCGAUAUAGACGAACUCCGCAACAUCAGCGCUAUGGAGUACUCUCGUUCACUGUAUUAUGCUGUUGGAGUGCUUGCUUCACCUGGAAAAAGUAUCGAACCUGUAAGUGACGUCCAGUUGGUCGCAGCGCUGAUUCUAAUGCUGAGUGGGUUCUUGAUCACUGCCAUUGUGGUUGACAACGUUCAGAAGCGCUUUACUGCCUCUGCGUUUGAGCAGAAGGAAUUCUUUGCGACCAGUACUCGAAUUCAACUGUUUUUACGCCGACAAAACGCUCCGUUAGCGAUUCACCAACGCGUUAAAUCGUUUCUAGACUAUUGGUGGUCUUCGCAUCGCGGAGCAGCGAUUGGUGAACUGUUAGCUGAUCUACCACGACCAAUCCGACUUGACGUCCUCCGUAGCAUUUGUCUACCAGUUUUACAGACACUCUCGUUACUUCAAGGAAUUCGCCCAGUACGUGAUAAACUUGAGGAAUUUAUGGUGGAAAACGCCAAAUUUAUUCUCUAUGGUCAGGGUGAAAUCGUGUAUCGCCACGGAGACUACGUUACUGGAAUGUUCUUCUUAUUAGAAGGGGAAGUGUGUGUCAUUACAGCGGGGAGACCACCACGAGAAGUGCCUCGAGGCGGUUUCUUUGGCACUGCGGCACUAACGCAACAAGAGCGUGGCGAAGGGUAUACGGAGCAUGUGAGUGCGAACAGUGGGUGCAUUCUCCUGUUCGUAUCAAGAGACCAACUUCACGCUAUGGAAAUAAUUUUUUCUCCUUUAAAGACGGAGCUCCUCACUCUUGAACAAAGAGUACUCAAUAACAAGUUGGCGAAAUCUGCUGUAAAUAAGGGAACACAGCGACGAUUACGGCGCCAGUCCACAGUUAUGAGGAUCCGAAAUGCUGUAUUUGGGUCGUUAAAGCAUCAUCAGACAGCAUACGACCCGGACUCCAGGUUUAUCCUGGCGUGGGAGACGUGGGUUUUUGUCGUGAUGACUGCGCAGUGGAUACUUGUCAUGUUCCAGGCUUGUUUUCCAUUGGAAGGAGCGAAUAAAAAGGCAGAUAUGAUUAUGGUCUUUAUGGAGUGUUCCUUCGUAUUGGACAUUUUCAUUCGAUCACGUCUCGGAUUUUACGAGUACGGCAACAAAAUGAUGAACUAUGAACGUAUUAAGCGUUUGUACGUUAGGUCAGGAACUUUCGCGUUGGAUAUUGUGGCGCUUCUACCUCUUUAUCUCGUCAACUGGACGGUCCCUCCUCAUGAGCGAUGGGAUUUACUCAAUGUUAACAAAUUAUUGCGAUUAUUCAAAGUUCCAAGACAGCUGCACGCAUUAGAGACACGAUACCUUAAGCGUACUACGGAGCUACGUUUAUUCAAGUUGCUCUACUAUACGUUCAUGCUUUCUCACGUUUUCGGCUGCAUUUGGUUCAACUUUGCUUCCAGAGUGGCUGUACCCAAUUUUACGAGUACUUUACUCCCAGCUACGAAGAAGACAGCGUUUGGAGAGAACCAUUGGCUGCCACACCAACAUUUGGAACACGCUCCACAUAUUCUACAGUAUAUGGCUUCACUCUACUGGUCUUUCGGACUCAUGUCAGCGUCAAGUGAACCGGAGUUCCCGAAAACCACAUCUCAGUGUAUCUUCAGUGCGAUCACCAUGACGACAGGUUUUUUCCUCUUUGCUUACGUGAUCGGUAAUUUUACGGAUAUUAUCGAGCUCACGACCUCGGAAACCAGAGAAUUUAACGCCGAAAUGGGCGCUGUCCGACAAAUGCUCAAUCAUUUCCAGCUUCCCGAAGCUCUUCAAGAACGACUGAAGACGUUUUUCUUGUUCAAACGGUUCCAUACGAUCACACAGGAGCACAUUCUCGUCCAUUGUCUCCCUCCUUCGCUACUUACGGACAUCCGUCUCGUUCAUUUGAAGCGUAUGAUUGAAAAAGUGGAAUUUCUGAGUGGCAUGGAGGGAUCUGUCACUCGGAUGUUAGUUUCUCAAUUCACUCAGGUUCUUGUAUCUCGUGGAGAGUUUAUCUGUAAACUUGGAGAAAAGAACAGCGAUAUGUAUUUCGUAUUCACCGGAGUAUUAGACGUUCUUUUACCUUUGGAGGUGAUUAAUACCACCACAAAUGCAAAUGUGACAAUCGAGAAAAAAGGGUCUGAAAAGGUGAAAAAUGGCGCACCGACAAAGUUGUGGCGUCUUGGAGUUCGUCAAAAUUCUAGAGCUGCAAUUCAAAGAAGUGGUACUACUACUGAGCACUUGAAGAAAGUGAAUGAGAUCUCGGCUGGUAGUUACUUUGGAGAGAACGGUCUCUUCACCAAUGGCAGACAAAAUGCCUACAUCCAAGCCCAGACGUCCUGUAUUCUUUACAAACUUUCGCGGGAAUCCUUGGAGCUCGUGUUUGAUCGAUAUCCAGAAUGGAAGGAGAAAGUCAUGAGAAUCGUGAAUAUUCAUCGCGAACAAACCAGACUCUUGCAACUUUCACGAGAGGAACAACGUCGAGGAACGGAUGCUACCACUGGGUUAAUGCUGUCUCGAGCAGAUAUCAUCAACGAACGAGCCGAACGUAUUAAAGAUGAACUUCAGCACGUCCGUUUACAGUCUGGAGAAAGAGGAAAUAUCAGCUUCGUCGCGGAUACCAGUCGAGUCGUUCGCGGUUUGUUAAAUCGGUUCGUUAUAACACCAAUCCAUUGUCUUGUGGAGGGCACCGAAGUGCAGAGCAGCUUCCAUCUAACAUGGCUUCGAUUCAUGGUCGUUUGCAUUGUGUACGUCUCGAUCUUGAUUCCGUAUCAAGUGGCUAUGGACGAUCUAGACCGCGUCACUCCAAUGGCUAUCAUAACUAGAGCCUUCGGACUGCUGUGCGAGCUCGUCUUCAUUCUAGAUGUCUGGUUCAGUUGGCACGUCCGAGAAUCUCCAGCAUCCAUGGAGCUGUACGAGCAGGAUUUACGAGCCACGUACAAGAAGGAGCGCAUGCUGUGGGACACCAUCGCUGCCAUCCCAUUCUACCGUUUUCUAUCGGAUUUCCACUGUCGCUCGUGGUUGAAACUACUUCGCUGUCUUAAGAUUUUCAAUGUCGUGAGUUAUCUGGACGAGCUCAAUCGACGCAGCGUCACGUACGAGAUCACGCGUUUCUGGUACAUCUGUCUGCUGUAUCUGCUCAUGAUUUACUGGGCUGCUUGUGCCUACUUAGCCGUGGCUACAGAAGUAGGUUUUGGCACAGAAUGGGAUGCCUGGCUGCCUUCUCAAGAGCUUAUCAUCACAAACCCAGAGGAUCCUUCUCCUUCUCAACUAGCUCUCCGCUUCUUACGUGGCCUCUUCUUCGCCACCACCACAUUCGUCAAAAAGGCUCGAAAUCUCGCACCAGAUACCGCCACAUUGUACGCCUUUCACAUCGCCGUCUCGUUCGUCGGCUUCAUUACCAUGUCGAUCGUGCUUGGAGAGCUCGCAAGUCUCUUCAUCUCGUACAUUGGGCUCGAAGUGGAUUUCCGUAAAAACCACAUCGCGAUCGAAAUUUAUCUGGAUCGUUUGCGUGUUAGCGAUCGACUGAAGGCUCGAGCACACGCCUUCAUGACUUCGUUAUGGUCGUCACAUGCUGGAGUCAACUACGAAGAAAUACUGGGAGAAAUGCCGCGAUCCAUCCGUACAGCUUGUGUCCUUCAUGUGUCCAAAGAACCGGUAGACUGGUUCAUCAAGAAGGUGGUCACGCCGAUGUGUUGGGAGGGAUCCGAUGAACUGGAAUUGGUCAGACACAGCCUAGUAGAACACUUGCACUUUGAAGGAUACCCGUCGGACGAGUGCAUCGUUGUCGAAGGUAGCAUAGCGCGAGCGAUGUACUUUGUGCUGCGGGGUCACGUUCAACUGCACAGUCGGUCUUUAACUGCCCUUAAACAUCCCAUUGGUCUCCAUCGAGGCGAUUUCUUCGGUGAACGCGGUCUUCUCGGGAGCGCAAUCAGUGCCUAUACUGUUCAAAGCGUACGCGCCUGUGACCUGCUCUCGUUGAGCUCUGAAGCUCUCGUUGAAGUCAUGGAUCAGCACAAAUUCUUGCACUUGGGGCUGCGGAUUUGCGAAGACGCCUAUAAACUUCUCAAGAAGAAAAACCUUGUCGCUUGCUCCAAAAUGGACAUGGAGGAACACUGGGGAGCUGCACUGCUGAAGAUUGUGGCCGAGCUGCGACUACGAUACAAGAAGUGUAUCGGAGUUCGAGCAGCAAGUGUGGCGGCGCGGUUGUCGUCACGAGUGCGUAGUGGUAGUGUCCUCUUGAGUGCCGGAUCAUUAGCAAAAUCUCCAGUAGACCCGAUACCGUCUCGACUCGACAGUGUCAAGGCGAUUCAUGUUGAAAAUGACGACUCAGCACGAGAUAACACCAACGAGAUUAAGGCCGAUGAACUGCCAAAGAAUGUGGACAGGAUGUUUGACGCGCUGGUCACUGACAAAGACUGCUACACGGCCUUCUCCCCGCUGCUGCAGAUUCUUAUGCCUAGUGAUCCGCUUGACUGGAAGGCCAGCUUUCGCAAUGUCAAUACGAAGGCACCGGGUGCACUGGGAAGGGGGGCCUGGCUCAGCAAUAGACAUCUCGACGACCUAACCAAGGCAGAUCAAGAUAAUACGGCGGACGCAGACAACGUCAGCCCUGUAAAUCUUCAGCAACAGGAUAGUAAACCUCAGGAGGAAACGUCUGAUCAGCCAGCUCAAGCAGCUUCUAUCGUCUCUCGAAUUCGUGGCGUGAAUGCUGCUGCGGAGAAGAUAAAACCGAGUGUCGAAACCCAAGGAGCUGUCGCGUUCAGCAUGCAAGACGCGAACAGGAACGCACGAAAUGCUUUGGUCUUCAACGACGACAAUAAAGGAGCUCCUCCUGUCCACGUGCUUCGCAAACGCUCCACAGGUGAUUCAACAGGCUCCUCAAGUAAGCUCGCGUUCCUGGAAGAUGCUGACAUCGAGUCGUUGGAUUGA